AUGACGCUGCUCCGCGCCCAAUCAGUCACUACUACUUCUCAUUGCACUCUCUUGAGAGCACGAAUCAACCAACAUACGACCAAAAUGACAACUAACAUCAAGACCCGCUUUUUAAUAUGCUCAGACACCCAUGGAAUCAGCAGUCUACCCGGGCUCGUUCCGUCCACGGAGCAACAUGCCGACGUUGCGAUUCACUGUGGAGAUCUUACCACUGAAUCUCAACUCCAUGAAUACAAAGCGUCAAUCCUUUUGCUCCAAGAAAUCAACGCGCCUUUGAAGCUUGUUAUAGCCGGCAACCACGACUUUACUAUGGACAUACCAAUGUUCCAUAAAAAGGUCGCAGAGGCUCCAUCGUUAGAACGUGAGCUCGUAGAACGAGCUUAUGGAUAUGACGGGGAGGCUAGGCGACUAUUUGAAGACACAGGAAUUACUUUCCUCGACGAAGGCGUACACUCUUUCCAUUUACAGAAUGGCGCUUUGCUGACUGUUUACGCCAGCCCUUACACGCCCUCACUUGGCGAUUGGGGGUUCCAGUAUCAUCCCGAUCAAGGCCAUGACUUUAUGAUUGAUGCAAGCAGUCAUACUCACUCUAUCGACAUUGUGAUAACACACGGGCCGCCGAGGGGGAUCCUGGACUACACAAAUUCGGGUGAACGGGCAGGCUCCGUAGACCUUUUCCGUGCCCUCGCUCGCGCCCGGCCACGACCGCGGAUGCAUUGCUUUGGUCAUAUUCAUGAAGGCUGGGGUGCGAAACUUGUUACAUGGCGUGACAGAACAUCCGAUUUUCCCUCUCACCUAACAGAUAUCGACAACGGACAGUCUUGUUCCAUAGCAAAGCUCUCCGAUAUCAAUGACAGAAACAGACAUCCCUUGAGUGGGGAUAGUGCGCCUCUGGAGUGUUUUACUACUAGCCACUGCUCCGGGGAUGCUCAUCCACUACAAUGGGGUUCGCAAACGCUCUUUGUGAAUGCUUCUAUUGAGGGAGCACACCAAGGUUUGGAUGACAAGAAUGAGAACAUCACAAUGCAGCCACCUUGGCUUGUUGACCUCGAACUCCGACCUCCUCCCUUGACAGCAGAAGAAGCAAGUACCCUAUGA